AUGUCGAGCAAGCCGAGGGUCGUCGUCACAGGCGCUUCAGGUUUGUUGGGGCGUGCCGUGUUCGAAAGAUGCAAGACCGAAGGCUAUGACGUCAAGGGGUUGGCUUACUCUCGUGCCAGGGAUGGCCUGACUAAGUUAAACCUCACGUCUACCGACGAGGUCUAUUCUUUCCUUUCAUCGAUAAAGCCCCACGUCAUCAUUCAUUGCGCAGCAGAGCGCAGACCAGAUGUGGUCGAAAAGGAUCCUGAAGGAAGUGAGGCGCUGAAUGUUGGCGUGCCGACUCACCUCGCGCAAUGGUGUGCCUUUCAGGAGAAAGAGGGCGGGCAGCCAGCACCCUUAUUGAUCAACAUCAGCACGGACUACGUUUUCGAUGGCAGCAAGCCGCCGUACAAGGUGGAUGAUGAUCCCAAUCCGCUCAACACAUACGGGGUGUCCAAGCUACGAGGAGAACGGGCAGUCAGCGAGCACGGUAUCAAAGGCAGGAGCGUCAAUUUUCGCGUUCCUGUGCUGUAUGGCUAUGCAGAGAGUCCUGACGAGUCUGCAGUCAACAUCCUCCUCACUACCAUUCAGCGACCAUCGCAAGUGCCGAGCGCGCUCAAAAAGAUGGACGCCUACGCCGUUCGCUAUCCAACCAAUGUCUCGGAUGUGGCACGAGCCCUUGGUGAUCUCGUUAACUUGGCGUACGCUGAAGGUGGUGUGGCACCGCCGUCCUUACCACCGACUCUUCACUUUAGCGCCAUGGAAGCUAUGACAAAGUACGACAUGUGCAACGUCCUGGCGCGUGUCUGGAACAGCGUCCAAGCAGACCUGAUUGAGUCCCAGCCUGAACUGCAGCCAGGAACCCUGGACGAGCAGAUCGCGACAACCGAGUACCUUGACCCCGAGUACGAGGUGGACCUCACCGCUGCGACGAUGCGGCCACGCCAUUGCAAACUCGAUCUCAGCUCGACACGCGAGCUCGGUAUCAGCACUGACUGCGUGACGUUCGAGUCCUGGUGGAAAGGGUACCUAACUGAGACGGAGACGACACGUCUCGAAGCCGAGAGAAAAGCAGCCGCGGAGGCAGAGGAAUGUCGGGUUAAGGAGGUAGCAGCAGCAGAGGAGAAACGGAAACAGGACGCGGAAGAGAGGAAAAGCCGCGAGGAAGAGGAGAAGUGUAAGAGAGAAGAAGCAGAGGCUGAGGAACGAAGUGCAAGGGUGGCGAAAGAGAAGGAAGAAGCGGAGAGGCUGGCGAACGAAAUCGAAGAGGAGCGAAAGGAGAAAGAAAGAAUAGAAACGGACAAAGCUGAGAGAAAGCAGCGGGAAGCGCAGGAGCUCGACCUACUUCAUGCAGAGCAGCAGGCAGCCGAGCAGGAGACGGUUGUCAAAGCUGAUGAUAUGGCCGAAGGCAAACUCAAAUGUUCUACACAUUCCGAGAGGCGAGCGCAAGAUCCAAUGGACCUGGUUGCCAAAAGCAUUGAGCAGUCGGAUGGAAACGAGAUUCUUGAGCAGAUGCAAGGCAGCUCAGAAGGCAAGGACGAGGACCAGAAUGAGAAUGAUGGCCAAGGGCCGUCCGCUUCCAACUCUCCUCGACCAUCUUUCUCUUCUCUCAGAGCUCGUCCCACACCACCAGCAUCAUCCUCCAGUCCAGAUCCUAGCAUGGCGCCACCACUACGGCCAAAUAGCCUGCAAGAAGCAGGCGAGGCAAUUCUGCGUCGAGCCAGCGCCGGCACAACCUCAAGCAAAGUCCAUUCGAGUAUAACGCCGCUGGGGGAGCCUUUAGCUGUAACUCGGCAAGUGUCCGGGUCGGUCGCAUCUAGAGAAGACGCGAGGUCCUUACCUACGGCUUUGCUUAAGGGAGACGACUCACUGAUUUCAACUGGCUCUACGGCCGCGCAAGACGCAGACUCGGAUGGCUAUGGAGAACCGAGUCCACGCCUGGAAUCUACGAUGCCGCGCUUUAUCGACGAGCAGCGGGCCGCUGCGCCUGUACAAAGUGCAACUGCGGUGUCAGCUCUGGUCCUGCAGCAACAGGAGCAACAGCCGAAGCAAGCCCACGUGCCACCUCAACAUCAACAGCCGCAGGAGCAAGGGGAGCCUGAUUUCCCAGGUAGUGGUCCAAGUCCAGGUCCAGGUCCAGGCUCUGACCAAAUCAUGGUGCGCAGCACCAUCAACGCUGUGGAUGAACGCAUUGCCGAUGCCAACAUGCGUGAUGACCUGCCUGCAGAGCCGCAUCAGCGCCGCUUCACUUUCGAAAUCAAAGUUGGUGAUCCGCAAAAGGUCGGUGACCCGGUCACCGCGCACACGGUCUACACUGUGCGCACGAAAACCGACUGCUCGAAUUUCCGAGCUCUGCAGUUCUCGGUUCUGCGCCGAUAUAACGACUUCAGAUGGCUGCAUGCUGCAUUGGUAAACAAUAACCCGGGCAUGAUUGUUCCACCGGUGCCCGAGAAGGUCAAAAUCGGUCGCUUUGCACCUGAGCUCGUCGAGUCGAGACGUCAUGGACUCGAGACUUGCAUCAACAAGAUUUCCAACCACCCUGUCCUCCAGCAUGAUGAUGACCUCAGGCUCUUCCUCGAGAGCGAUAACUUUGCACACGACGUCAAGAUGCGUGAUCUGCGCAAAGGCCCGGUGCCGACGCCGGAGCAGAAAACCUACUUUGGCUGGAGCAGCAAUAUCGGCGGGCCCAAGUUUGUGGAGACAGACGAAUGGUUCGAGCGGCAAAAGGGGUACCUCGACUCACUUGAAUCACAGCUGAGAAAGAUCGUCAAAGCCAUCAAUACUCUUGCUCAACAGCGCAAAGACUUUGCUCAUCAGACUUCCGAGUUCAGCAGCAUGAUGAUGGUCCUUUCUACCAGCUCGCUCUCUCGUGCCAUGUGUACUUGCUUUGCAGGACUUGGUGAAGUGCAGCGACGUGCCCAGGAGCUCGCAGAGCUGCAAUCCGACGCGGAUAUGCGCGAGAUUGGCACGGUGAUCUAUGAGUACGAGCGCAUCGUUGGCAGCGUAAGAAAGGCGUUUGCGACUCGCGUGGACGCCUGGUUGGCGUGGCAACUGGCAGAGGAGGAUUUACACAAGCUGCGACGCAAGUACGAGAAGCUCAAGUCGGAAGGCGGGAGGGUCCACCCUGAGCGGUUGCAUUCGAUGCUGCAAGAUAUUGCUGAUAAGGAGUCCCAGUCGUUACAUCUCAAAAAAAUGUUUGAUGACAUCUCGAGGCGAUGCAAGACAGAAAUGGCGGCAUUCGAUAUCGAGAGGGUCGAAGAGUUCCGGAAUGCUUUAGAGACCUGGAUCGACGGCAUGGUCGAACGACAGGAAGAGAUGGCCAAAGAAUGGGAGCAUUACAUCGCGCUUCUUGAGCGCCAAACGGGGCGGACGAUUGAUGCGCCGGGGUCAAGGUCAAAUGUAAGCUAG